AUGAUUACAGAAAAUUAUAAAGAACUCAAGAGCUCAUUAAUGGGGAAGAUUGCUGCUCGUCGACAAAUUGAGAGACAUGAAGAGAUCCCGCAUCCCUCGGUCGGUCUACGCGGCGUCUACUCUCGCGCCAUCAUCGCCUUUUACGACACCGGGACGACACCGAGACGACACCGAGAUGACAUCCGAGACGACCCCGAGAGGACAUCGAGACGACACCAAGACGACGCUAAGACGACACCAAGACGACACCGGGACGACACCGAGACGACACCGAGACGACACCGAGAUGACACCGAGACGACCCCGAGAGGACAUCGAGACGACACCAAGACGACGCUAAGACGACACCAAGACGACACCGGGACGACACCGAGACGACACCGAGAUGACAUCCGAGACGACCCCGAGAGGACAUCGAGACGACACCAAGACGACGCUAAGACGACACCAAGACGACACCGGGACGACACCGAGACGACACCGAGACGACACCGAGAUGACACCGAGACGACCCCGAGAGGACAUAGAGACGACACCAAGACGACGCUAAGACGACACCAAGACGACACCGGGACGACACCGAGACGACACCGAGACGACACCGAGAUGACACCAAGACGACCCCGAGAGGACAUCGAGACGACACCAAGACGACGCUAA